AUGGAAGAAUCGACUGCACAUUUAUUAUCUGAUGCACCUUUAGAACCAGAUGUUGAAAUAGGAAUUAAUGAUGGACAAAAAACAAACGUUAGAGGGAAUACAAGCUCUUCACAAACCAAUAACACAUCAUCAACAUCAACACCUGCAGCACCAAGUCAGAGUAUCUGGGAUCAAUCUAGCCAUCCAAUUGCAUUAUUUUUUCACCUUUUCUUUCGUGGAUUAGCAAUAAUCAUAUAUCUUUUUGGAACUUAUUUUGUCGAUAAUUUCCCAUUAAUAUUUAUUCUUUGCGUAUUAUGUUUAUCAUUUGAUUUUUGGACAGUUAAAAAUGUAACUGGUAGAUUGUUGGUAGGAUUAAGAUGGUGGAAUGAUAUUCAAGAGGAUGGAUCAAACAUGUGGAUGUUUGAAAGUCGUGAUCCAUCAAGACCAGUUAAUCCAACGGAUUCUCGUAUAUUUUGGAUUUCACUUUAUGCAACAAUAGUGAUAUGGAUAUUUUUUGGAUUUUUUGCAUUAUUAAAACAAUGGUUCUUAAUUGUACUAGUAGCAUUAUCAUUAAAUAUAGCAAAUGCAAUUGGCUAUACUCAAUGUGACAAAGAUGCAAAAAAGAAAUGGGCAAGUAAUUUGGCAUCUAGGGCAGCAUCAGAAAGUCCAAGUCUUGUAGGAAGAUUAUUCACUGCAGGCAUAGGAAAAUAUUUUGGAUAA